UCCACAAGGCAAGAACACAGGAGAAAACACGAGGGUGACCAAAAAUACAGUCCAUGACAGACACAGGGAACACAGACCGGGAUUGACUCCAACAUCAAGUGAUUUUAAAGCUUUAAUCUGUGAAAAACUCUAUUUUUCAGGGAGGCGUACUCCUGUUGUAGAGUCUUUAGAGUCAGUGAUAGAGGGAUAUUCAGUCACUCUAGGCUCUGGUCUUACUGAAAUGAAGGAUGAUGAUCAGAUUCAGAGGAUGUUUAGAACUGAGGACACUGUAAGAAUAUAUGUUGCAGAAUAUAAAGAAAGAAUCAACAAUUUGGAAAACGAUUUCAGCCUCACUGUCUAUGUUGAAAUAUCAGUGAUGGAGGGAGAUUCAGUCACUCUAGACUCUAUGAUGAGGGAUGAUGAUCAGAUUCAGUGGACAUUUGGAAAUGGAGACAUUUUAAUAGCUGAAAUCAAUAAACAGGCCGACAGAAUCACUGUAUAUGAUGAUGUUCUUGAUGGGAGAUUCAGAGACAGACUGAAGCUGGACAAUCAAACUGGAUCUCUGACCAUCACAAACACCACAACUGAACAUGCUGGAUAUUAUAGAGUAUUUAACAAUAAUGUGACCAUACAUUUCGUGCUUGCUGUCUAUAUUGAAAUCUCAGUGAAGGAGGGAGAUUCAGUCACUCUGAACUCUAGUAUUACUGAAAUGAAGUAUCAUCAGAUUCAGUGGGUGUUUGAAACUGAAAACACUGUAAUAGCUGAAAUCAGUAAAUGGUUAAACAGAUUCACUGUAUAUGAUGAUGUUCUUGAUGGGAGAUUCAGAGACAGACUGAAGCUGGAUAAUCAAACUGGAUCUCUGACCAUCACAAACACCACAACUGAACAUGCUGGAGAUUAUAAACUACAAAUUGCAAUUUGGAAAACAUCAUUAAAAGCUUUCAGAGUUUCUGUCAAUGACUCUGUCCACUGUUGUGGUCCUACUGAAGCUGUGAUCCGAUUGGUCCUCUCUGCUCUGGUGGGCGUGGCUACUGUCAUUAUUCUGGUUUAUGACAUCAGAUCCAGAAGAGCUGAACAAGAUCAAGCACAUAUUCACACUUCAGAAAUCUAAUUGUUGUCAUUUCUCACAAACUUGUUUUGCAUAUAUAUUUGUGAGAUUUGAUAAAUUAUGGCUUCAUAUGUUCAUCUUUUUCAGAAAGUAUUGAAAUCUAUAGCAGUCAACUUUCAAGGUUCUUCAAGUGUGUUUUUGAUCUUUUAAGCCCGGUUCAGCGCAGAAAACGCGAAAUCAGUGAAGACUAAACAAUGCCACGCAACGCAAUGUUUAUUAGAAACCUCAUGAUCGACUAUUUUAUUUAUGAUCUUGUCAGUGACAGCAGCCCAAAUUCCAGGGAAUUUCAGUCUUUUUUGUGUGUUUUGCUUUAGCUAUUGCUGAGAAGUUAUUUUCAUAGUUAGACAGCACGCUAGCACCAUUAAUAGGAUAGGUUUGUGUUUUGUAGUCUAUUGUCAUACGAGGGAAUGUUAUGUAUAUAUUAGGUUGUUUUAACAUACUGAAGUAAAAUAGAUUGAUUUUAGAAUAUCAUAUUAAUAAAUGCUGGAUGUCGUGUGUUGAUAAAUGGCAUGCAAUUAAUUUUAAAACGUAUUGUAUGAUGGAGAAAAUUCUGUAUUACUGUUACUAAAAAUAAAGCUGCAUCUGAUUAUGCUAUGUUAGCUACUUGACAAAAUAGUGUUUUUCUCUGAGGCAUGGUAAAGCAUGGUACUCGCAGAAAAUCAAGAAAAUCAGAUUUAAACAAUAAGACUAAACGUGUUGAGCUAUAUAACAAUAAUUAGUUUUCUGUCAAUAAACGUAACCAAACAGUUGUUCCUUUGUCUAUUAAAACAUGUAAUAUAUUAAAGCA